AUGGCGGGAGACGCACUGACUGCGGAGCAGGUGCUCGCGCGCCUCGAUGCCGCGGGUGGAGAGAUUCAAGACACGCGCACUAUGGCGCCGGUGCAGCCGCUGACGCAGGCGGCGUGCGCGGCGGGCGUGGAGCAGAGCACGAGCGAGGCGCAGGACCGCGAGGCCCUGCAGGCCGAGGAGGCCGCGCACAAGGCGGCGGCGACGUGGCAGCUGUCGCUGCAGGGUGUCCUGCUUUCGCUGCAGAGCAAGGAGAUGGUCGUGUUUUCGAGUGUGGAGCAGCAGCACCUGUUUCUCACGCUGGACGGCCGCCAGACGGUGCGCCUCGGUGCGCCGGAACACCGGCUGUGGACGCUGCUCCCGGCGUCUGGAGAGGGCCUCGCGCAGGCGGAGCUGGAGGCGGCGCUCGGCGCGGACGUGUUCAAGCUUGCGCAGGCGCGUGCGUUCCGCAACCGCAUUGCGCGGCGCCUGCCUGACGGCACCUUUGCGCGCGCGGAAAGUACGCUGGGCGGGACGGUCGCCGACACGACGCGGGCGGAGCUGCUCGAGAUUGCGCGGACCGGCACGCUCGCGGCGCCGGGUGCUGACAAGACGAUCGCCGAGCUGAAGAAGCGCAAGAUGCUGGGCCAGCGCAAGUUCCUCUACUUUUCGGUCGCGAAGGGCCCGCAGUUUGCGCUCACCGUGCAGAAACUCGAGACGGACCUCACGGCCGAUAUGCUGGCGUCCGGCGCGUGGAAAGACGCGGCAUUCAAGAAGUACAACUUCGACGCGGAGGGCGUGCUGCCGCCCGCCGGUGCGCUGCACCCCCUGCUCAAGGUGCGCGAGGAGUUCCGGCACAUCUUCUUCGACAUGGGCUUUAGCGAGAUGCCGACGAACCGGUUUGUCGACUCGAGCUUCUGGUGCUUCGACUCGAUCUUUGUGCCACAGCAGCACCCAGCGCGCGACGUGCAGGACACGUUCUUUGUCGCGGACCCGCCGGCGGCGAAGCAUGUGCCGGAAGAGUACCUGCAGCGCGUUAUUGACGUGCACGAAAAGGGCGCGUUUGGCUCGAUUGGCUACCGCUAUCCAUUUGACCGCGCGGUCACCGAGAAGCUCGUGCUGCGCACGCACACCACGGCCGUGUCGUCCGCGAUGCUGUACCAGAUCGCGAACCAGCCGGGCGGCUUCCGUCCCGCCAAGCUGUUCUCGAUCGACCGCGUGUUCCGCAACGAGGCCGUGGACGCGACGCACCUCGCCGAGUUCCACCAGGUCGAGGGCGUCGUGGCCGACUACGGCAUCACCCUCGGCGACCUGAUCGGGUUCAUGCAGGUCUUCUUCGCCAAGAUGGGCGUACACAACCUGCGCUUCAAGCCCGCAUACAACCCGUACACCGAGCCCAGCCUCGAGAUCUUCUCGUACCAUGCGGGUCUCCGCAAGUGGGUCGAAAUCGGCAACAGCGGCAUGUUCCGCCCCGAGAUGCUGCGCCCCAUGGGCCUCCCAGAGGGCGUCAACGUGCUCGGAUGGGGCCUCAGUCUCGAGCGCCCCACCAUGAUCCGCUACGGCAUCCGCGACAUUCGCCAGCUCGUCGGCCACAAGGUGCCCCUCGACCAGGUGGAGCGGGCGCCUGCCGUGCGCUUCUAG